AUGACAGAGGGAAGUAAUAAUAAUAUGAUGGACCAGCAACAAACAAACACGUCCUUAGAUCCCGGCGAUCGCUCCCUACAAACUCGUACGGGGUCUUCAACAGUGACUAUCACCGAGCCACAAACCCCUGCACCAAUACUUCGAUUGAAGAAUAAAAGGUCCAAAAAGACUAAACAGAAACCUCGUGUUCAAUGGGAAGAAGAUGUUGUUGAUAAUGAAAAUAUGAACAAGAAGAAACUGAAGAUUUGUUGUAUCUUCCACCCUCAAAGAGAUUUUGGUGAGUUUAGUGAUUCGCUGGAUUCUUCAGAUGAUUCAUCGUCUCUGAGUUCCGAAGACGAACGAGAGAAUCGUUUCAAGGGAGUCACUGGGGCCCCUAGAGGUGAGUAUAACGUAGUGGCAUACACCAGUGAGGAGGAGGAGGACUUUGAAGAUGUUGACAAAGACGACGACGACGACGAAGAAGAAGAAGUUGACGAGAGUUCCAGUGAUGAGGUGGCUGAUGACGACGUUUCAGUCGAUGAUGUUUCUGGCUCUGUUGACGAUGACGAAGUAGAGAAAGUCGUCGGGGAAGAUGAUGUAGAUGUUGAGGAUGACAUUGAGGAUGAGGUUGGAGAUGUCAGGGAAGUGGAUGGAGGCGUAGUGGAACUUUUCAAUGAAGUUGAAGUUGAAGAAGUUGUUGAAGAACUUGACGUUGCCGUUGACAAAGUUUUGGAUGAAGUUGAUGAUGAUUCCAAAGUCAGAGGAUUACCAGAUACCACCAAAUAA